ACGCGCCAAUAAAAGAUCUCAGGAGCUCAGAGUUCAAACCCUAAUAAGCUCUUGGUCGCGGUUUCAAGUAUUCGCUUCUCCUGCAACUUCUUCUGUCGAGAAUUUAUUCUGACAGUAUUGUAUGCGAUCUUCUUCUCCGUUGAUUCUCCUUGCAUUCAUUACUUCUUUCAAUUUCAUUUCUAACUUGGUACCCUCAAAAUCUAUCAGAUUUCGUGUUUCAUUCUUCUGAUCUUCUCAACCAAUCUCCAUCAUCUGGAGUUUACAAUUCUCUAGUUCGUUCCUGUCAAGACCAUCUGUGGUUUUCAAUUCUUGAAAUUUUAGCUCCUAAUUUUAGAUUUUACCCUCUGCUAGGGUUUUGAAGUCUCCUUAAAUCCACUUUUGAAUUCGUUUGCUACAGCAGAUCUCUGAACGCCAGGAGUUUUACGUUUGCUAAUAAUGCCUGUACAUCUCACGCCUAACGCAAUCGCGGCUGUCAAUGCUGGCGAUGUGAACUCAAAGCCCCUUGUCCAGGUCUUGGACAUCAAUCUUAUAGGCAAUUCAAAGGAUCGUUAUCGAUUUCUCCUCUCCGACUCUGUUUCCACUCAACAUGCUAUGCUGGCAACUCAGCUGAACGAUCGGGUGAAGAACGGGAGUGUGAAGAAGGGGUCCGUUGUGCAAUUGAUUGAGUAUAUCUGCAGCACUAUCCAAAACCGGAAGAUUAUUGUCGUACUGAAUAUGGAAACUAUAAUCCCGGAUUGUGAGAUUAUUGGGAAACCAAAACUGUUGUCAGAAUCUAUCUCUACAUUUUCGAAAACUGUGCACGAGAAGGAAUCUGAGCACCGUGAAUCCAAAUCCAAUAAUAGUUCUACUCCAAGUUCCAGCAGUAAUAUGCAGAACUUUGGUCCGACUGUUCAGCCUCCUUACAAACCUCCUCCAAACUAUAGAAAUCAUGGGCCAAUUAUGAAGAAUGUGGCUCCAGCACGAACAAUCCCAAUUGCUGCUUUGAAUCCUUAUCAGGGGCGGUGGGCAAUUAAGGCUAGAGUUACUGCAAAAGGAGAUGUUCGCCGUUACAACAAUGCUAGGGGAGAUGGGAAGGUGUUUUCCUUUGACCUCCUUGACUCUGAUGGAGGAGAAAUAAGAGUGACUUGUUUCAAUGCUGUUGCCGACCGCUUCUUCAGUUCUGUUGAGGUUGGUAAAGUCUACUUGAUAUCGAAGGGAAGCUUAAAACCUGCUCAGAAGAAUUUCAAUCAUCUUAAGAAUGAAUGGGAAAUAUUCUUGGAGGCAACCUCGACUGUGGAACUCUGUGUAGAUGAAGAUGACUCCAUACCAAAACAACAGUUCUCUUUCAAAGCUAUUAAUGAAAUUGAGAAUUUGGAAAACAAUUCCAUAAUAGAUGUGAUUGGGAUAGUAGUAUCCAUUAAUCCUGUAGUCCCUAUUCUGAGGAAGAAUGGUUUGGAAACUCAGAGAAGGAAUAUGAACCUAAAGGAUGCAUCUGGCUGUAGCGUUGAACUAACCCUCUGGGGUGAGUUCUGCAACAAAGAAGGUCGGGAGCUGCAAGAAUUGCUCGAUUCUGGUCUUUUUCCUGUCUUAGCUGUUAAGGCUGUUAAGGUGAAUGAUUUCAGUGGGAAAUCAGUUGGGACGAUCUCUGCAACUCAGCUCUUUAUAAAUCCAGACUUCCCUGAGACUCGUAGGUUGCAAGAGUGGUUUGAUAGAGGAGGAAAGAAUGCUGCUUCUCAGUCCAUCUCUAGAGACAUUAUGACAGGUGCUUCAAGAAAUAUGAUCCGUAAAGCAGUAAGUCAGAUAAAAGGUGAAGGUCUUGGAAGAUCAGAUAAACCAGAUUGGAUCACGGUGAAGGCAACUAUAACAUUCCUCAAGACAGAUACUUUCUGCUACACUGCUUGCCCUUUGAUGAUUGGAGACAGACAGUGUAACAAGAAAGUGAUAAGGUCGGGAAACACGAGAUGGCAAUGUGAGAGGUGCAACCAAGAGUUUGAAGAGUGUGAGUACAGAUACCUUCUUCAAGCUCAAGUGCAAGAUCAUACAGGAUUAACUUGGGUGACAGCUUUUCAGGAAUCAGGGGAAGAGAUCUUGGGUUGUUCAGCAAAGGAGUUAUAUUUGUUGAAAUAUGAAGAGCAAGAUGAUGAAAAAUUCGGAGAAAUUAUCCGCAAUAGCCUCUUUAAACAGUAUCUUUUCAGGCUUAAGAUCAAAGAAGAAAUGUAUGGGGAGGAGCAACAAGUGAAGAUCACAGUGGUUAAGGCAGAGAAAUUGAACUACUCUUCGGAGAGUACAUAUCUACUUGAUUUGAUUUCAAAGAUUACAGUAUAAGAAAGGUCAAACUUAUUAGUUUGACAUUAUUUUCAAUUGCCUGUUGGAUUGAAGCAACCAUGAGAUUACAAACUUGGCUUCACUUUAAAGAGCUGGCAAAUAUUGGAUCAACUGAGUGUCCAUGAUGUAGGUGCCAUUAGCUGUAACAACAGAACAAGACCAUUCACCCACUUUGAUUAUUUCGGAGGAGAAGCCAUUGCAUUGGAAUUUUGGCUCUCCUAAUCCUUUCUGAAAUAAACUUGUCUUUUGACACAUGUAGGUGUCAGACACAAACUGUAUCAUGAGGAUCCAAAAAUCAACUCAGUGAGCACCAAAGGUUCAAAACCCAUUCAUUUUAAAUAAAAAUAGAGUUCAAUAGUUACAGAUUACUGACGUGAACAGAACAUGAACAUACAGAGAAUUACUGAAAAACAUAAAAGACAAAAGAAAUAAACAGAACAUCUUUGGAAAUCAUAGUUUGUCCCUCUUCCCGAGCUAUCAAGUUCUCUUGACAGGGUCGAAGUUUGCAACUCCAAUGACAGCCGCAAAGAUGGCACCAAGCACCACUCCUCCGGCCACAAUGCUAAGCAA